UUCCAGCGGCAAUCAGUUGGACGUCUGGAAGGAUGUGAGUGGGGUAAUGUCAGUUGUUUAGUUCACGGCAGUUUCGUGGCUGUUACAUUUUGAAACUGCUUGAGGACGUCAGACGGUCUGAGCGUUUGAACAGUAUAGGACAAGCUUCUAGUGGCGGGGGCUUUGUGCGUGUGAACAAACUUCUGGUAGUCAGAAAUCCCAACCAGCUGCUCCAGAUAUCGACCGUACUUUUUACAACCCCAAAUUCUACACACAAGAAGAGAAGAGACGAGCAGGGGUGCCGUGCUUUGUUUACAGGCUGCAGAAGAUACGGGUAACCCUCGAAUUCUGCUUACAAGUCAUCGGGUGUGGUCAGCUCUAGACUGUCGAGACAUAAUUAGGUAUCGCUUGAACUGCAACCGUCGUCUGAUUCAAGGGUGAUGAUGGACUAAAUUCACAGCAUUGUGGAAAUCAAUGGAGUGUAUUGAAGGUACCGAACAAGAAUUGUCAACAAAGCCAAUUGCCAAGCGUGACAGUCAGCAGCUACAGGACCAGCUUCAGAACAUCUGCCUAGGAAUGAAGCAGGGUAUUGGAAAAGUGGGGAGGACCAGUGGAGGAGAUAGUGAUGACGACAAAGAUACAGAGAAUGUGGGUGGACAGCGAGAUGACAAAAAUAUAGGAUUAAACAAAGUGUGUUUUGAAGAACUUUGUGACCUUGAUGUGACUAUCACUAAUGAGAACAUUUCUGAUUAUGUAAUGAAUCAAUUGAAGGAGAAGCCUUUCAAUGUGUCUGGCAUUGACAGAGAUCAGAAACAUGUGUUAAAAGAUUUGAAUGGUACAGAACACAGCUUUAAAAGUGGAGCCAAGGAUAGUGAACCUAAAACUGAAAGUGUUAACAGCACAAAUUACUCACAUAAACUUGAUAGCAUAGACCUUACUGACUUAGUUACAAUGGAAGAAUUAGUUGUUAGUGACAAAGAAAUGGACAUGUAUCUCUUUGAUAAUGAUGAUACUGAGACACUACACAAUGAGGGAAACGAAGCAGAAGAGAAUACUGUCGAUAUAUUAAACAGCACAGUAAUUGUAAAUGUAGAUUUCAGGGCCAUUGAAAGAAACAGCAAGAUACCUGGUGAUGGCAGUGACAGUGGAGUUGAGGUCAGUGGAUGCACCUUGCAUGGAGGACGAGAGUCUUCACCAGCAUUGUUGAGGGCUUUCAGUAGCAACAGUGGUGGAUACACCAGUAGCUGUGGAGGUCUUGAAGACUCUCUCACAGCCAGCACAGCUACCCCAGCUGCUUCCUGUGACUCUAGCCUCAUCAGCUGCUACUCAGCAUAUGAAGAGACAGAGGAUAUUGUUACCAACACAACAACAGUUAUGCCUGCUGAUGGUGAUGGGACAAGUGAAGGUGGUAGUGAAAGCUCUUCAUUGGGAAGCAAGGAUAUUAGAAGGGGUAACCCUAAGAAUAGUUCCACCAGAAGAAUAACACCUGGUGCUAAUAAAAGAACACCCACAUCAGAUGUUGCAAAAAGCAAUGGCAGUUCUGUAAUUAGUAAAACAAAAAGUGUAUCUCAGGUAUCUACACCUGUGAAUUUUUCACGACCCAAGUCCACAGCAUCACACCGCCAGACUCCUGUUACAAGUAAAGCUCCUUCAUCUAAGGUGGGGACAAGUGCUGUGAACAAACCUUCUGCCACAAAUAUCAGUUCCCACAAACGGGAAAAGGUACCAACUACAAUGACUGCUUCAUGUGGUGCAAUAAAAUCUAGUUCCCACAGAUCUACAACAUCUGAAUGCAGUGCAAAAUCAUCUUUCAUGUCAAAAUCUCUGUGUGGCAGCGUAGUAGGUGGUAUAAAAAUACGAUCUAAGGACAGUUCUUUGUCCAUUGGAUCAGAAGGUAUGAGAGAUACUGCAUCAGUGUCUACUCCUGGUACAGCAAAAGGAAAAGGUGCAAGAAACACUUGCAAUAUUAGAAACAAAGUUGUUGGAGGUACUGAUGAUGGUCGCUGGCCCUCCUCAGCCAGCAAGUCCCAUUCACUUACCCCUAGGUCACAUGGUAAUACUGUUGAUGGGCAGCCACGAAAGUUAAAUGUUUCAGGUUUAUCUUCUGUAGUAAGUAAUUUAUUUAUGGAAAGUAAAGCCACUGCACUGGAAAAAUAUGCCACUCUCCCACGUCGACGUAGGUGUAAGUCACCUGAGGUUCAAACCACCUUUGAAACAGCUGUGAGGAGUCAUUCUGUAAGCCGUGACCCAAGUCUGAAUAGGGCAGCAAGUCUUCGUAAGCAGCAUCACCAGAGGGAAGGUAUCAACCUCAAUAAGAGCCUUCCUCCAUAUCCACGCCGAAGGUAUCAUGGUAGAACAGUCAUUUACCAUGAAACCGGCAGUCAGACAGCACUCACAGCCAGUGAUGUGGAAAAUGCUCUGGCAGGUGUUUCUGUAAAAGAACCAAGAUCUCUUGAUGCAAUCAAGACCCAGGAUCAGGAAGUACAGGUGGACCAAAGAAUGGAGGAGGUGGAGCGCUUGGAGUUCCAGCUGAGACUUCUGACCGAAGACCACAACCGAUUAAAAGCUGACUCAGUUCGGAAGACAGAAGAAUUGAGCACUAAGGAGCAGCAGCUGGAGGAAGAGAAAGCAGAAAAGUUGACUGCAAGGGGGAAACUGGAUCUACACUCUCAGCGAGUCCUUGCCAUGCUGAGAAAUGCCAAGGGAGAUCACUUGGAUGAUAGUGACGAUGUGGACUGUAUGCAGGCUUUGGAUGCGUACCUCCAAUCAUCCAGCAGUGUGGUCUUCAAACAGCAGCAGGAGAUCAAUGAUCUCCAGACACUUUGUCGAACUCUGAAGCGGGACUUGGAGAAGAGUUUGGCAGCCCAGAAGACACUUCUUCAGCAACAGCAAGAAAUCGAGGUUGAGUCUAUUGAGUUGCAGGAGUUCCUGCAGGCUGAGAAAUCAACUCUAGCAGAUGCACUCAGAGAUGCUGAGACAGAGAUAAAAGUACAAAGGCAACAGAUGACACAAAAGGAAUGUGAACUUGAACGACAACAGGAGGAAUGCAAGCAUUUAGUGAGAAUCAGUGAGCAGCGAAGGCAAGAAAAUCUAGUCCUACAAGCCCAGCUGUGCAGCUUGGAGCAGCGAAGCCGUGAACUCUUGUUGCAGCAAGGAGCAGCUGUGUCAGGUGCAGCUGUAGCACUGUCUGGUCUCAGCUCCAGACUGGAUGGACUUGUUGAGCAACUAGUGGUGUCGUAUAACAUCUCGGAGAAAGACUUGGAGGAUGUAAUAUUUCAUAAUGAAGCCUACAGCAAGAGUAACAGCAGUGUUGAAGCAAGUCCAGAGAGGAUGUCUGUUAAUCGACCAUCAGAACAACCAACCUUUGGUGCACAGCGUACACCAUCCCCCAAACGAGGGGCUUCAUUUGUAUCAGCUGUAAUCAGUGCCAUACGCAAUGCAGCAGUCGGAGGUGCAGGAAAAAGAGCAGGUCUGCAGAAUGAAGAAACUGCUCAAGAAGUUCCUCAAGAUGCAUAUGAAGAAAUGUCGAAAGUGGAAGAACAUGAGAAAGAUCUUAAUAAAACAGAGGAACAGGACAGUGAAGAGACAGAAUUAAAUCAUCGCUGCAGCAAUGGGAGUAUCUCAAGUACUCGUCUUGCUAACAGUGAAUCUUUACAAAACUUAUCACAAGCUAUUCUGAAUCGACAACAUUUUGAGAUGGCGCAAGCUGAUGGCAGCUGCUGCAGAGUUGACCUCACAGCAAUUGACUAUGGAGUGUCGGGUAUGGAGGUCUUACCACCUUUAGAGGACUGCUUCCCAGCUAUAACUCUUGUGGACCAAAUUAUUGAUGUGGACAAUCUGGUUACUAAAUUGCUCAAAGUUCUGCGGAUCAUCCAGCUGGAGAAUGACACCUGUGUGGAUGAAUUGCAUGAUGAAAGAGUACAGCUAGCAGAGCAAGUGAGACGAGAGCAAGAAAGCAGACGAGAAGUUCAGGAAGAAUUAAAGAACUGGGAACGAAUUGGGGCAAGAUUACGUGGAGAAGUGCAAGAUGUACACCUUCAGUUGCAGCGGCGAGUUCAGGAACUGGAAAAUACAAAAGAUGAAUUACAGCAGCAUCGAGAUCAAAUUGAGCAACUGACUAGAGAACUGCAGAACCUAAGCACUGUAUGCAAGCAGACAGAACAGCAGUUGUGUUCUCAAGAACAAGAAGCAGAGAAUGUUCUACAGCAGUGGCAAGAAAGUGGACAACUACCAUCACCAGAAUUACUGGCUAGAGUCGUUACUACUCGUGAUAAGAUUCCAUUUCUGAAAGAAAAGUUGGCAGAAAAAGAACAGCAGUUACAUGAAAUAGGACAGAAAUAUUCAUUGAAUAGACAAAUACUAACAAAAAACUGGCAUCAGGCAGCUACAGAAGUGAGGCGACAAUAUGAAGCAAUUGACAAUGCCCUGGAGACUCUGCAUAGCAUUCAGGGAGUGGUAAUGCAGUGCCCAUCGCUUAUGAAGCUUCAACAAGCCCUAGAAGAAACCAACUUUCAGUGUGCCUCAUCAUUGCCUCUUAUUGCAGCAGAUCUCAAUGCCAAUGCUCCUCCCCUAGUAACACUCAAUGGAACUCACAGUGGAGGGAAUAGUGCUCUAGAAAAAAAACACAAAUCAGGGAAUACCAUUAAUGGCACAGCAUAAUGAUAUGAAACAUUGUUGAGAACUUUUCCAUUGAAAAUGUUAAAAAUAAAUAUUUUAGAUGCUGAUGUAAGUAAUCAUGUUUUAUAAUUUGUGGUUGUUAGUUAACCACAAAAUAUAAACAAGUCUGGUAAUUAACACCACCAUAAUAUAUGAUGGCUGAUACAGUAUUUUUAAUUAAUGUAACUUCACACUGAUGGAUUGAUGACUAUGAAUACCUGUAAACCAAGGUCUUCUUUCAUUGAGAGAGAACAUCUAUUAUAAUAUUUUUCUAUGUCAUAUUAUUAUAAAGUAUGUUAUUGAGAUGUGUGGUAGCACAACUGCAUCUAGCUUGUGAUGUAAAAAUAUUAAGCAAGAAGGUACUGAUAGCAAUGACUAGAAAUUAAAAUUAUAAUUUUAAAAUUAUGAACAUUCUUGUUUUAACAACAAAGAAUGUAAUAAGAGGAAUCCUACAGACACAGUAAAUGCAGGUUAUGCAGUGUAGUCCUACAUCAGAAAUAAAUUCAUUUUAAUACAAUAGUGAAGAAAAUAAGUUAAACUGAUGAAGACUAAGGUUAGAUUGUAGUAUGUAUGUAGCUGUACUAGAAAAUGAACUCACAUUUUUGUGCCUCAUUCUAAACUGCCUAAAUCAAAAGCUGGGUCACUAAAAUAUUGGAAUAACAAACAUCAACAAAAUACAAAAUACUCAAUUCCCCGUCCAGGUUCUUACAUGAACAUGCGGUAAUGCAAUUCACUAUUACAAAAGACUCUGAGUUCCAUGUAUGAUAGUAUAGGCUACAUUCAAUUAAAUAAGAUCAAAGUUAUGGAAAAAUGUAAUGUAUUUACCCAUUAAAGUCAUUUAUCAUGUAA